CCUUCACGCCGUCUGCGCGUGGAUGAUGCGGUGAGCAGGCACCGCGCCGGCCGACCCGGCUGGAUCUGCGCACACGGCGGGGACUCCUUGCGCCUGCGGGAGACGUCGGUGCGGGGCGCCCCGACCCGGGCAGCGGCUGGGAUCCGCGGCGGCUGCUGGUUUCUCACUGUGUGGAAGGGACUGGAUGAUGUAACCUGCUCUCCAGGAAGCCUCACUUGGCCAUAACCUCAGGAAGGUCUCUUAGACCCCAUCUCAUUUCAAAGCCACUUCUGAAGCCACUUGAGAAAAAUGAUGUGACAGGUCUAUCAAAAAGGAUUCUUCGGAAACAUAGAGCAUCUGUGAAGAAAGUGGCCAUUUUUCUCUUUAGUGAAAUAAACAUUCUCAAAUUCCAAAAUGCCAGCCAAGACCCCAAUUUACCUGAAAGCUGCCAAUAACAAGAAAGGAAAGAAAUUUAAACUGAGAGACAUUUUGUCUCCCGAUAUGAUUAGCCCUCCCCUUGGAGACUUUCGCCAUACCAUUCAUAUUGGCAAAGAGGGCCAGCAUGACGUCUUUGGAGAUAUUUCCUUUCUUCAAGGGAACUAUGAGCUUUUACCGGGAAACCAGGAGAAAGCAUACACAGGCCAGUUCCCUGGGCAUAACGAGUUCUUACGGGCCAACAGCACCUCGGACUCUAUGUUCACAGAAACGCCUUCCCCAGUGCUCAAAAACGCCAUCUCUCUCCCAACCAUUGGAGGGUCCCAAGCUCUCAUGUUGCCUUUAUUGUCACCUGUGACAUUUAAUUCCAAACAGGAGUCCUUUGGGCCUGCAAAGCUGCCAAGGCUUAGCUGUGAGCCGGUCAUAGAGGAAAAAGCUCAGGAGAAAAGCAGUCUGUUGGAGAACGGGACAGUGCACCAGGGAGACACCUCAUGGGGGUCCAGCGGUUCCGCAUCUCAGUCCAGCCAGGGCAGGGACAGCCACUCCUCCAGCCUGUCCGAACAGUACCCCGACUGGGCGGCCGAGGACAUGUUUGACCAUGCUGCUCCAUGCGAGCUCAUCAAGGGAAAGACCAAAUCAGAAGAGUCUCUCUCUGAUCUUACAGGUUCCCUCCUCUCCCUGCAGCUUGAUCUUGGGCCCUCACUUUUAGACGAGGUGCUGAAUGUUAUGGAUAAAAAUAAGUAACAGGAUGCCAGCUCUUUUCCUUUGGGGUGAAAGACACCAAAACAAAACAAGACAAAACAAAAAUACUAAAACUAACCACAGUUGAAGGGAAGAGCUUCACUGGAUGUAUUUGCAGUUGCGUGAUGCGUUUUCUAAAGUAAUGUUCCUCCAAAAUAUUUUUUUACCUGUUAUGCCCUGUUUGCAAAAACAGUUUAGAAAAACAAACCUGUGCUGGCAGAAGGAGGAAGUGAGUCAGUCAGAGCCCAUUUUCGGUGGGCAUUGCUGAGGUUCAGCUCACAUUUUUCGCAGACAUGUAAGAAAGCUGGCUUGGCCAGGAUUGGUACUAGCUAUGAAGGGCUGGGUGAGUCACAUUAAGGAACUUUACAGUACUCCAACAUUUUCUGAGCAAGAGGAAGUCAAAAUUUAUUUAACACCUAAGCCUUUUUUCUAGACUCUUUUCUAUAUUAUAUUGUUUGGGCUCACAAUAGCAAAUUCUCUCUUGUUAAAACUUUUCUCCGUUUUCACAUUUGAACAACUUUAUGGGGUUGGGGGAUUUUCUUGUAGUUCUUAUAUAUCCCUAUAUAUUAUUAUAUCUAUAUUGCAAAAUUUUGACUGUCAGCUACAUGUUGGUAAGACACAAGCAAAGUAUUACUGUAACUAAGUUAUUUUUAAAGUUAAAAUAUAUUUUUAUGUGCCUUUGGCUUUUUA